GUUCUAGGAGUCCUGGCUGGCUGUAGCGUCUUAUUAGGACAUGCUGAGACUUGUGUUCCUCCAGGCAGCUACAGCUCCGUGUUUUAGGCUUUCUGUAUGCAAAGAGAAAUGAGGAGAGGCUAUGUGGUUGCCCAUAGCCAGUGGCCUCACUAGGACAGAAGUCGUAUCUCGGGCUGCUGGGAUCCAGAAGGGGGUCAGUCGGGGGUCCUCAACAGGUGGAAGAGAAGUUGGACGAGAAGAGCAGAUCGUUCUUACAAAUAUGGAAUAUGCCAUGAAGUCACUGAGUCUCCUCUCCCCCAGAUCUCUUUCCAAAUGUGUCUCGGUCAGUGCUACUAUGACUCAACAGUUCCUCUCUCGCCCGGCGUCCAAGCCUCGGCCCUUCAGAGUCUGUAACUGGGAUCGGAGCGUCCGCAAGGGCAUUGUAGCGGAUAGUCUCGGAGAUCUACUGAACAAGGCCCAGGACGCUCUGCUCAUGAGUGAUGCCAUCACGCUGGUUCUGGAUGAAGAUGGGACUGGAGUAGACACCGAGGACUUCUUUCAGUCAGUGGAUAGCGGAGUUGUCUUCAUGGCGCUGACCAAAGGGCAGACAUGGAAACCUUCCCAGACAGCAGGCUACCACAUCUCCCUGUCCAGCAAGCCACAGAAGAAGAUCGAUGUGGUUCGGAUUAGCUUCGACCUGUACAAGAAUCAUCCACAGGAUUUCAUAGGAUGCAUCAAUGUCAAAGCUACACUCUAUGGAACGUACACUGUGUCCUAUGAUCUUCAGUGCUACAGCGCCAAGCGAGUAAUGAAGGAGGCGCUACGCUGGACUCUCUACACUAUGCAGGCUACGGGUCAUGUCCUCCUGGGUACGUCGUGCUAUGUGCAGCAGCUGCUGGAACCCGGCGAGAAGCUGAAGCUGGAGGAGGAAGAGAAGAAGCAGCUCCCCGCUCUCAGAGACUUCAUCCCCUUUUAUCCUAGGAGGAUCCUUCCAGCCUUAUCCUGAGCUUGCCGGAUCUGGACAAUUUCUGUAUCCAUAACGAAGCGCUGUUCACUCCACCAAUAACCGAGUUUACAGGUCAUGGACUGAUGAGCUGUUCCUCAUUUUUUACAUUUCAUCUGAAAAUUUUUAUUUUUUUGAUAGCACAUAAUACACAUCGUUUUACGGGAACAGCCGGGAUGUAGACACUGUGAAAAUGUCACUUGCUGUAAGGAUGAAGGGCAAAGUGCAACAGCCAAUCAAAUUUCUCUUUCCAUUGGAGUCAGACUAUUGAUGGUUAAUGAGUUGCUGUGUCUUUUUUUGCUUUUUUAUCAUUUUUUAUACACUCACUUGGGCUUUAACGUAAUGCACAAAAAAAAAAAAAAAAGCUGCAAACAUCCACAUUUGCCAAUC